AAGGACUGUUUGGGAUAAUCUACAAGGAAUUUGUUUUCCUCCUUCCUGGCAUCUUGUGGAAUUAGACACAAAGUGGAAUAUUUAUCAGUAAUCCCUGGGAGUUUGACGUCAGAGGAGAGAGAAGAGCCUGUGCAGAGCAGGAUACCGAGCCGAGGCAGAGGAGGGCAUACAGAGGGGAGCGGGAUGGGGUCCACAGCCGGGCCUGAUGGCAGGAGCCCAGACCACAGAGAGCUCUGAUCACGUCCUCUAGGAGGAGUUGAGGUGCUACAGUUCACAGCGAGACACUGAGAAGGUUGUGUGCCCAUGAGGUCGCCCAUGCUGGUCCUGCUCCUCCUCUUCAGUGCCCGGGCUGUGGCCGCCAUCGGAGCAGACUCUUGUGCAGCCACGACGACCCAGCAGCAGGAUCCAAGUAAAGACCCCAACUCCAUCCCCACAGUGGACCCCAAACUCUUCACCAAGAAGCGCUACCUCUCCCCGCGGGUGCUCUUCAGCGCUCAACCUCCUGAUGCAGACCCCGGACUAUCACAAGGUCCCGGCAGAAGGACCCGAAGGCGAGCGGGAAAGCCUCAGCACAGAGGGGUUUACUCCGUGUGUGAGAGCAUCAGCGUGUGGGUGGGCAACAAAACCAAAGCGACGGACAUCUCGGGCAACGAGGUGACAGUGCUGCCGGACGUGAAUAUCAACAAUGUCAACAAAAAGCAGUACUUCUUUGAAACGACGUGUCACAGCGCACGCUCCGGCAGCUCCGGCUGUUUGGGGAUUGAUGCCCGACACUGGAACUCCUACUGCACCAACUCUCACACUUUUGUGCGAGCGCUGACCUCCUUUGAGAACCUAGUGGCCUGGAGGCUCAUACGCAUAAACGUGGCCUGUGUCUGUGUGCUGAGCCGAAAGUCAUGGCGACAGUGAAGACUUUAAACACAAACCACACACCGACAGGAUCACUAAACCAGAACAAAGUCAGAUGUACUCACCAGCCUCUGCACAAAAUAAAUUAUUGGUAUAUGAGAAAGUAUCAGAAGUGCAUGUAUAAACACCAGGCCUGGGUCAAACAGUAUCUGCAGCUCGUAGCUGUAUAGGAGUAAAAACACUGAGGGCUUGUUGCUGCUGAGGCACCUAGCAUCUGUCAGUUAGCUGCAGUUUAUGACAGGUUUAGUUUACAGGAAGUCUGACAUGAUUGUAGUUUUGAAGUCUUUUAUUAUCUCAUCUUUCAUUCCUCUGAUAAUCAUACUUUAAAGGGGAACUCCGUCACUUUUAGCCAUCAAAGUAUGUUUGGGGAGCGUCCAUGUCAGUCACUUUGAGAUUACAAGUUAGAAAAUUGUCAGGCUAUUGAGAAAAAACGUGAGCUAAGAUAACUCCUGUAUCCUGUUUCUCAUGAGUGCAAGCAGCUCAUGCCCAAGUUCAUUACGCAACUUGAUUCUUCAACUGAACUGAUGUUGCAUUAUGGGUAAUGUAGGCGCUUUUUGACAAGGAAAUGAAAAUGUGGAGUCAAAAAAGAGAGCGUCUCUGGUCUUGUUGCAUCAAUUUGACAACAAGACAUAAGUCAAAGCAUUAUCAGUGAAUUUAUAGUUUAAGAAAUCCUAAAAAGGAAACUUUUGAAAAUAAUGUUUGCAGGGAGGGAAGCAUUAGCAAAAACAUAUUAUGGCAAAGAAUAAGCAUAAACUUUAAGGUAGGGUUGUGCACCUUCUUUGGUUUCAUGAUCUGAUUUGAUAACAAUUAGGUUGGGAAUUAAAGGAUUCAAAAUUCUAAUCAUGAUUUAUCUGAGAAUUUAUUUAGGUAAUAAUGGUUAACCUCCCUCUUGCUACAUUUUUAAAUGCCACUAUUUUGUAUCUUAAAAUAGUUUUGUUUCAUUUUUUACUGUCUUAAACUAAUGGUAAAUGACUUCCUGUUUGGGUAUAGACCUGCUUUUAUUUUUAAGUUAUUAAAUAAGUCGAUUUUAUUUGUUACAGCACCUUUCACAGAGCAAGUCACAAAGUGCUUUACAAAACAAAAUAAUAAAACAGCAAAAAUGCAUACAAAGAGCAAGAAUAAAAGACAGAAUUAGUAAAAGUAUACAACAUUACAUCAAUUGAUCAAAAGCCAUUUUAAAGAGAUGUGUUUCAGCUGCUUUUUCAAAACCUCAUUUGAAGCAGCAGAGCGUAAACUAAAAGGAAGAGAGUUCCAAAGAGUCAAGGCUACAACCUCAAAGGUUCGAUCCUCUUUGGUUUUUGAAAGAAAUGAGGAGUUUCAGUUGAUGAAAGAUUUCAACAGGAACUUAACCACAGAAAAAGGAACUUGUAAUGGACUGGAAAUGAAAUAAGAAAAAGUCAAAUACUUGAUAUAGCAAGAAGCAGGUGACUUUACAUGUCCACUGAGCUGUCUGUGAGUUUUUAAAUGAAAUCGGCAUCAAGGAGACGUGGUGGAUUUAUUUUACAUCACUGUGGCUGCAGGGAGAUGCUGCAGUGGCUUUAGUGCUGAAAGCAUGUGAUUAAUGCAUUUAAGAAAUUAGUCGUGGACCUCAACUACAUUGCGAUUAAAGCACUGAUGCUGACAGCCCUCAUUACAAGCAUUACAUCAACGACUUGAUUCAGUUAAAUAUCACAACACAUUAUGGUGGGUUGCAUACUCAAUAUUCUGUGUUAUAGCAUACAGCCACUUUUUCAUCAGUGAAAAUGUCAGAUAAACAUGAAGUCUCUCUUUGAUAUUCAGAAAAGUGCUUUAGGAAUUAAUGUCGACAGAAAUGUCUUUAUUCUGUAAACCUAAACACAGAAAUCAGGGGUGUCAAACUCAAUCACAGCAGGGGCCGGAUUCUGAAUUUAGGUCUAACCUGAGAGCCUAACACGG